CUGGGUCUCUUCUCCUCCCCGUCUGUGCAGGGCAGCAGCAGUGAUGACACGGAGCUGCGGUACUCGUCCCAGUACGAGGAGCGCCUGGACCCCUUUUCCUCCUUCAGCAAGCGGGAGCGGCAGAGGAAGUACCUGAGCCUGAGUCCCUGGGACAAGGCCACCCUCAGCAUGGGGCGUCUGGUUCUCUCCAACAAGAUGGCGCGCACCAUCGGCUUCUUCUACACACUGUUCCUGCACUGCCUGGUCUUCCUGGUGCUCUACAAGUUGGCAUGGAGCGAGAGCGUGGAGAGGGACUGCGCCACCUUCUGCGCCAAGAAGUUCGCCGACCACCUGCACAAGUUCCACGAGAAUGACAACGGGGCGGCAGCUGGUGACUUGUGGCAGUGACACCCCGGCACCUGCCCCGUGACAGUGACAGCUGCACCUCCACCUCUGACUGCUCAGUGCAUCUAAUCACUUAGUCUCCCCCAAAGAAUCCCUCAUGGAAACUGCUCUUAUCCGCUGUCCAGCAGCUGCCAGAGGCCCCAGGUCCCCUCGGGUCCCCUUGAAAGAAUGUCUCGGUCACAUCAGGCCCGCUAGGUCCAGAGAGCCAGCCCCCAAUGCCCGACCAGGCUAAGCCGCAGAGACCCUCUCAGCCCCCACCUCAGGCUAGGGCUCUGCCCGCAGCCUGACCUCUAGCCCUGGUGGCAGAGGUCCCUCAGCUGCGAGGCUGAUUGGGUGACCACCAAUUCCAGCUGUGGUUAAUCCAGCUUGGACCUGUCUGCACUGCGAUCCUCUUGGGCUCCCCUAGGAUCUCCCCAUGCCCCAUAAGAGGUGGAAGGCACUUCCUUCCAGGACAGCAGGCUUUGAGUCCAGUACCCCCAGCCUGCCUUUGCCACCAGCCCCACCCCGCAGACUAUAUGAGGUUUGACAGAGUCUGCCCCCUCCCCCACUGCACCCUGAGAGAGAGCCCCAGUCAGCGGAACAGUUUCUAUUACCCCCUCCCUGCCCCCAGACCCACGUGAUUUCUGCUUUCUUCUUUAGCAAGAUAUUCUGGUUUCUAGGUAAGGAAGAGUCUCUAAUGAGCCCCCGAGCCUCAGUCUCUUCAGACUCAUGGACUGGUCUGAGGGGUCCAAGCAUGUCCUAGCCAAUCAGAACUGGCUGUGGACCACCCUAGCACGGCCACCUCUCAGGGCCACUGGCAGGCCUUCCUAAGUUAGAUUUGUAGUUGCAUAUUUAGCUUUGCACAUUUGAAAUAAACCACGGUUGCAGCCA